ACUAUUGCGUUUAUUUGAUCCGUGGUAUAUGUACACGUCGUUUCACUCUAAUUCAACCGGUGAUUGCGUUCGUAGGAGCAGCGAUAGUUAUGGAUUCUGCUUGUCAAAAUUCAGAUUUUAGUUCGAAAUAUUUGCUUGGUCAGUUAAAUAUAGCUAGAAAAGAAAUCAAUAAUUUAAGACAACAAAUAAAAAGUCUCCGAUAUAUACAUGAAAAAGAUGUUGAUAGUAUAAAGCGUCUUCUGGAAUCAUAUAGAAAUGGACCAUCUGCGUCUAAGACAAAAAUCACAGGUUCAGAUGAUGUGAAACCUAGCACCAGUACAGAUGAAGACACUGUAAAGUUGAAACCAAUUGGAGUAAUAUCUACUUGGUUCCCUAGCAAACGAGGCACACCCAGACAAACACGUAUCUGUGGGAAAGUACCUGGAAAACUGUUAUUAUAUAAUUCAGUAUUUACUAAUCCUGAUCAUGCACUUGAAGGAUUACAAGAUUUUUCACAUAUGUGGGUUCUAUUCUACUUUCAUAGAAAUGAUUCAACGCAUGUUCGUGCUAAAGUUGCACCUCCAAGAUUAAACGGUACAAAAACAGGUGUAUUUUCUACACGUUCGCCACAUCGUCCAUGUCCAAUUGGUUUGAGUUUAGUAAAAAUUACAACCAUAGAAAAUCACACAAUUUACUUUGAAGGUGUAGAUAUGGUUGAUCAGUCACCUGUGCUAGAUAUAAAACCUUAUAUACCACAGUACGACAGUCCUUUAUAUUUUGAGAAAUUAAGCAAUAGGUCACAAGAAUCGAAUUUGGAUGAUGCAUUCGAAUGUAUAGAAGAAACUGCCAGAAAUCAGAGUCUUGGAGAUGAACCAAGAAGUUUACUUUCAGAAUCUUAUUAUAGAAAACCUAUCAAUAAAGCGAACCAAGAGACAGAUGUUUCUAGAGAUGAAGAAAUUGCUCUAAGGUUACAAGCUGAGGAAUUUCAAAGAAAUUCAAAUUUUGAAAGUUACUCCAGUAUGAGACAUUUUUCUGAAUUAAGUGAUAUCAGUUUGCACAAUAACGGCACAUUACAACAUAGCGUAGAUGUAACCGACAUUCAUAGAACUCCUUACACACUUCCUGAUACUUUGUCUGAUCCGAGAACAAGUCUGAAUAUAACAGGGCACAAUGUACUUUCGUCUGAUAUAGAACCAGAAAGUUUAGUAGAUAUAAACAGUAGAUUACAAAAUAUUAACGUAAGUGAGCGUACUAAUGUAGAACCAGUUUACGGAUCGAGAAGCGUGGAGUCCAAUUAUACAGAAACACAUGCUUCUCGGUCUAGACUUUUAGAUGGAGCUGAUGGACCAAAUACUAUUUGUGGCACCGACAUAGAUUUAAUUCGUAGACGAUCGUUAAGCUCGAGAAUUGACAAUUCUCCUGUUAGGAUGGGAGUACGGGAAGCUCCUGAUGGAGAAGAAGGAUUAGAACCACAAAUUCUCACUCCUUCGCAACAUUUACCGAGUCAAGUAAUACGAACAAUGUCAAACAAUAGUUUACCAGACAGCGGAGAUACACAUUUAGUUUUCUCCUCUGAAUCGAGAAAUCUUGAGAAUAGAAAUUCAGGAUCUAAUAUCUCUUCAGAAAUAAGAAUUCCAGAAUGGAUAUCAAGACCUCGGACACCUCUAUGUGUAGUGUUUAACGACCGUGCGUUGAUUCAAUUAAAUGAGAUUUUAGGAACUAAAAUUAACGAUCAGAAAGUGGCUAUUGAAAAUGUACUUCGCGAAGAUCCUAGAUCAGUAUAUUUAAGACAACGAUGGGGUAGCCAAUUUUAUACUUUCUUAAUUCACGAUUUACACAUCACUUGUAGAUUUGAUGACAACAGAGGUAUAGUGACAGUUUUCCAAGUCAGACACGCUGGUCGUAUUUGCGAAUGUGGAGAACCUGAAUGGCAAUGUUUGGGUCAUUCACCACCAUCGUCUUAAAGUAUAUAUACACAUGUGCAUAUAUAAUAUCACUAACUUUGCUAUUAUUUUUUAAAUUUGUUGAUUAUAUUACAAAAGAUGAUUGUGAGCAACUUGAUUUACCUUUAAAGAAAUUCUGCAUCAUUUAUUCAGAAAUAUGACAUUUUAUUUAUGUCUCACUGAAUAUUUCAUAUUUUUAACUUAACAUUU